CAACUUCAGCCAAGACAAGUUGUCUUUGACAUGGAAAUGUUAUCUAUUGGAUGACAAUGUCGUCUUUCCAAUUUAUAAUCCUUUUUCUAAUUGUGAGUGAUAUACCAGAUUAUGUCAAAACAGAAGAAAAUACAAGUGAUUUCACAUUUUUACACACUGAAAAAGCAAGCCCGUUGAAUAUAGAGGAUUCCUGUUUUGACAUCAAUAAAGCGUCGGUAAACACAAUGUAUUUAGGUAUAUCAUCAUUUGUAAAUAAGAAUACGUCAUGCAAACCAGAAAAUAUUUUGUUAAGAGAGGUACAAAAAUACAUCAUCCUUGACAAGCAUCAGCGACAACUCUGUAGAACUAAAAUAACUGUGUCUAUCAAAAGCAGAAAAGGUGAAAAAGUCAUUGAGGACCUGAAAUAUGCUUGCCAACAUCUAGAUGGAAAUUCAACGAUUUUCUUUCAAUGUAAGAUUUUCUUUUGUUCGGUUUGA